AUGAAUGAGGCUUAUAAUUCUGAGACAGGAACAAGUUGUGAAAUGGAGACCAACGACACACAAGAAGAAUCAAUCUGCGUCGAAACCGAAAACCUGCCUACAAACUGCCCCAAGGUCGAUGACCCAGAAAUUUUCCCACCGACAGAGGUGUGGACCGAACUCAAGCUAGGAGUAUGUAACAUACCUGCUCAAAGAUUACAUUUAGUGGAAGCAAUAGUUGUUGACGGAUGUCCUACGGUUAUCAAGUCAGCCACCAUCGAUUUUCUUCAAGCUACGGUUACAAAAUACAUGCUAGGCAAAUUAUGUGACCAAGCUAAUACUGGAAUAUCCAAUCCCCAAACAUUUUCAACUAUCGCCGAAGCAAACAAAAUGUUGCGAGAUUUUGCAACACAAGAUAGGUGUGUUGGAAUCAGCGAUCCUGCAUUCAAAGAUAUAGUCCGCGUUGCAACUGCAUCACAUCUACAUGAGCCUGAGGACGAUACAAAAAUUUGGAGAGCUAAAAAUUGUCACUUGCUUGCGGCGACAGAUAGCGCCAUAUGUGUUGAAUGCAAAUCGCUUCUGCCUGCAUUGGUCAUGAGCCGCUACCGUGCCACCAAAACAGGAAAAAGUGCUGCGAAUAAGGUGAUUCACGCAUACAAAACUAAAGAAGAACUACAGUAUGCACUUAAUCAGGCAACAAGAAAAAUUAAAGUGCUGGAAAGGUGGAAGAAACGCGCGCUUGCACGAUUAAAGACCCUGAAGGCAGAGGUAUGCAACAUUCGCUUAAAACUGGCCGAAGCUGCUAAAACAACCACAUUACAACACCUCAUGAAGAAUAUGAAGACACCCAUGGACCCCAAGGUAAAAACUUAUCACGCUCCGUCAUGCACUUCACCUGUAUAACUAUACCUUAAAGCGUCCACACAUCACUUAAAUCUACACCACCCGUUAUUCAUCAACUACACACAUACCAUGCUCCCUUUAUUACAUACCAAAAAUGAAUUUGUGACGGCAGGGUUCAUAUUUUCCCUGUUAAUCGUCUUUUAUGAAUCCCUGUAGCCUCCAUGUAUCACAUUUUGAACAACUGUCUCCCUGUAGAUUGCACACUUCAUCUAAAAACACAUUUAUUUACACACUUGAGUGAUUUAAUAACUAAACCCAUUCAUGCAUGUUAUAUAUUGUGUAAGCACUUCGUCCCACUCGACCUACUACACUAUUGUAUAUUGUUAUUUGCACACAAUUAUUGUUAGUAUUUGGUUAUGAUAAACGAUUCAUAUCUUCUCGGUGUAUUUCAGGCCAAGUUAACUC